GAUCUGCGGAGCCAGGCCGCAGGGUGUGGGGAGCAGUGUCCCGAGUGCCUCGCGCACCAGUGUCCCCAGUCUUCACCGCUGGCCUCGGGGACGCCCAGGAGGCAGCGCCGAUCUGGUGUCUGUGGAAAUCAUUCUGACCACUGCUUCAACCACCAUAGGAGUGGCAAGAUCCUACCUGCCAGGUGAAGGGCAGACCACUGACUUUUGACCUGUACCUGCUGGUCCUUCUGACUUACAGAGGCCCAGCAUGGGUGAAUUCAAUGAGAAGAAGGCAACAUGUGGCACAGUCUGCCUCAAGUAUCUGCUGUUCACCUACAACUGCUGCUUCUGGCUGGCUGGCCUGGCUGUCAUGGCAGUGGGCAUUUGGACACUGGCCCUCAAGAGUGACUACAUUAGUCUGCUGGCUUCAAGCACUUACCUAGCCACAGCCUACAUCUUAGUGGUGGCUGGUGUUGUUGUCAUGGUGACCGGAGUCCUGGGCUGCUGUGCCACUUUCAAGGAGCGACGGAAUCUGUUACGCUUGUACUUCAUCCUGCUCCUCAUCAUCUUCCUACUGGAGAUCAUUGCUGGCAUCCUGGCCUAUGUCUAUUACCAGCAGCUGAACACAGAGCUCAAGGAGAAUCUGAAGGACACCAUGAUCAAGAGAUAUCACCAGUCAGGCCAGGAGGGUGUGACCAGUGCCGUAGACAAGCUGCAGCAAGAGUUCCACUGCUGUGGCAGCAACAACUCUCAAGACUGGCGAGACAGUGAGUGGAUCCGCUCUGGUGAGGCAAGCAACCGUGUGGUUCCUGACAGCUGCUGUAAGACUGUGGUACCUGGCUGUGGUCGCCGGGACCAUGCCUCCAACAUCUAUAAAGUGGAGGGUGGCUGUAUCAGUAAGCUGGAGACCUUCAUUCAGGAGCACCUGCGGGUCAUCGGGGCUGUGGGCCUCGGCAUCGCCUGUGUGCAGGUCUUCGGCAUGAUCUUCACCUGCUGCUUGUACAGAAGCCUCAAGUUGGAGCACUACUGACCACGGUGCCAGGCCAGGCUGCCAGCCUUGCACUAUGUCCCACCCCACUACAAAGUACUACUGAGUUAGACUGCUGACUGCCAGAGAGGUAGCUGUCCUCAUGCCAUCACUACGACCCCUGGCGACCCCACCUCAGGGGUAGCUUCAAGUGCCUUUCACUGCAUACCAAAGUCCCAAGGCUUGAGGCAGUGUACUUGUCCCAGCAUAAGAGGGGGCCGGUUGCCAGUGUUGGGCUAGGCCUAGCUGGUAGAAUAGGGUUUAGAUUAUUUGACAAAAGUGCCUCUUGCCCACAGGCUACUUGUCUUUGGGUAGUUGUGAUUUGUAAUAAGUUUGGGGAGAACUUGGGCAUACCACCUGCAUGGUGGGUAGAAGGUGGGAAGGGGCUGUUCUGGAUGGGCUAGGUACCUUUCAUGCCUGCUGCUGGGAACCCUCAGAUCUGCUUACCCCAAACUAAUGGGGCAAGCUGAGGGGAACCACAACCCCACAGUAUAUGCCUUGUCCUCUCCAUCCAGGCCUUUCUUGCUCCUAACAGCCUCAGCCCUGGCUUUUGCCCACUUCUGGUAACACCAUGCAAAUGCCCCACGUUCCUGUACACUGUCUCCUUUUGGAACAUCUCUGAAUAGGGCACGGCUGUUUUCAUCCACUGCUGUAUCCCAGAUGCCCACAUGUGCUCCUGCUAUGUAACAGGUGCUCAAUAAAUGUAUAAACAGUC